AUGCAGCCAAACAAUCCCCCCAACAAUGUCGUUGGAGAGCUGGAUCCAAACAAAACUCUCCAAGUUGAGCCAGCUCAUCAUCAAAACCAGAGUGGCUGCGGGAAAACAGUUUUCUUUGGCGUCUCUUCGUCAUAUGUCCCAGACUGGGAUACCCGGGCCGCGUUCAGGGAGCUCUAUCAGAAUUGGAGAGAUGCCAUUUUGGCACGUUUCAACUUAGGCCGUCUCGACUUUCAGCCAUUUUAUGAAGAUAGAGGCGAUUGUGUUGCGAUCAUCGUCCCUGAUCUCUCAGAUCGACAUCGACAAGGUCGUGCUUUGGGAUUCAUCAAGUAUGACAAGCACAGCGGUUGCGUGACAAUCUCCAACUCCUGCGCUGAACUAGGUCUCAACGCACUUGAACUCGGUAGCUCAUCGAAGCAACAUGAUUCCAACUCCGCUGGCUGUCAUGGAGAGGGUCUGAAGCUGGCAGCUCUGGUGAUGGUGCGCAGUGGAUUCGAGGUGGAAUUAUCUGCUAGCAGGCGCUACUGGCAUUUUGGCCUCUUGGAAUCUCGUCUCUUCUGCGAUAUUAAGCCUUCCAAUCAGCCCAGCCCCGAGAGCUCUGAUCCACGAGGCGACAUGUUUCGGCUCCGUUCUCGCGUGGAGAGAGAUGUAACGGUCGAGAUCCGAGCUCCAAAAGAAUCGCGAAAAAACGCUGUGUCGCUCGCAGAAUUUCGUACUUGGCUGACAGUCACGCUCGACAUUCGAGGGUUUUCGCAUCCCUCAGACGUUCUUGAAACCGAGGUUGGAGAUCUGAUCCUCGAUCCCGAUUUCCACAGCCGGGUCUACCUCAAGGGAAUGCGUCUGCCGUGCUCCGGGUCCGGACUCAAGCAGUAUCGAUUUGCUUACAACUUCUUGCAGGGAAAGGUGAAUCGCGACCGACAGAUUCUGGUCGAUCGAGAUGAGGAAGCCAACAUGGUGCGACGAAUCUGGGAAGCCGCAAUAUGGAAACAUCGCACCGCUUUUCUUCCCAUCUACGUUGGUCUCCUACGCAAUUCCCCGGAGGCACUCGAUGUUGAAUCGGCUACCCAUUUUCUGCAAUCAUCGACCAAGCUUCUCAUCUGGAAGCAUCUUCGGGGCGAGGCUGGCGAUGACAAAUUUUUCUACAAUGAAGCCUCCAGUGCCGAGAGCAUCGCAAGCAUUCGAGAAAUCUUGGAGAGACAGCCGGUCAAGCUUCCGGAUUCUCUGUGGACUUUGUUGCGCUCCUGUUCGCCAAUCCAGACGCCAAAGGAAGAACAAAUCGGGUGUUUCAACAAUGCAGAGGUGUGUCCAGUCCCAGAGACCAGCUACGCACAAACCAUACACAGAGCGUUUCUGGCUUGCAUAGCGAUCCUUCUAGACGGCAGAAAGAUCGAGGUACAGUAUGUGCGUGCUCAACGCAGUGCAAUCCAGGCGCUCUAUAACUCUCACUCCAGGGUCUUGAAGGUUGCUCACCAGUGGCUGGACUUUGUCGGUUCGCACGGACUAGGCUUUUGUCGCGAAGUUCUGUCAAGAAGAUCGGACGCGCAAUCAUUUUUCUGCAAUCACGUCAACUUCCGCGAUAACGUCUUCUUCUGCGACCACAUUGUCGAAGAGUUGUUGAAAUUUUGCCUGGUUCCCCUGCUGGGACGGUCCGCUGCUUCCAAAUCCGCGGAAGUGGUGAUUCUGCGGAGAAUUCGAAGAUUGCUUCGGCACGUGCCGCAUACAAUCACCGUGUCCAGGUCGUUCUUGGCUGGAGCCUUGAAGGUUACGUGGGAAGACAACGAGACGGAAUCAAUCCGCAAACGCUCUAUUCAUGACCCACCGUAUCACGUGGUCCUCCAUGAAGAGAAAUGUAGUGGUGUGAGAGCAGACCUGAUUCACGGCGAUUUAAUGGACAGUGCUGCGGACCGUGCUUCGUGCGGAUGCCCUCAACAGUUUGUCAGCCAGAAAACAAAGACAGCUGUUUUUGAAAAUCUGCAGUGCUCAAAACGGUAUUUUCCAAUGAUAUCUUUAAAUCGGCUACAAGCCAUCUACGGCUUUCCGCCUCUGCCAAAGCAUCCUGCAUCGCCGAAUCGUCGUAUCAUGAAUGAGGAGAAGGGUUGUGAAGUUGUACCAUCCCCCGACAAGGACUUACGUCUAUCGGCCUCGGAUCAGGCUCCACACGCAGCUCUGGACGCUUUGAACACCACACCCCGGCAUGGGGGGCCCGAUCAUCAUGAUCGAGAACUCUCGCUGCCGGUUAAACGGCCUUUCUCAGAUGAGUCAGAUCUGGUGAAGGCCGAGAGUCGCAAAAAGUUGAAAAUCUCUCAACUGGUGGAGAAUCCUGCUCAGCUUUAG